GGCUGGCGGGGUGGGGAAAGGGAGGAGGAAAGGGAAGGGGGUCGUGAGGGGGCGGAGUGAGGCCCCUGGCGCUGAGCAGCCUUGGCAACAGCAGUGGUGGCGGUGGCCGGGGCCGAGGUGCGUCAGGCAGCUGGAGCAGCCUUGGCUCCAGCUCGGGAGGCGAGGACACUCCUUUCUGUGGAGUUGAAGGAAGAGGCGGCAGCGGAUCCCCGAGCUUCCUCAGCCUGACUCCUCGGCCUCCCUGCCCACAGGCCCCAGCUGCCCCUUUCGGGACCCACCGACGGACGGCCGGACACACGCGCGGGCAGCCCAGCGCCAAGGUGCGGAACGCUCGCUGUCAGGCCCAGGCCGGGGAUGGCUUCAGCAUCCACACCUAAAUAUAACUCCCGCUCCUUGGAGAAUGAUUCAAUUAGGAGGAGCUCAAGAGAUGGGUUCACUCGAGACCUCUGUGAAGAAAUUCCUCGACUUCCAGGAGAAACUAGAAUUACGGACAAAGAAGUAAUUUAUAUAUGUCCAUUCAAUGGCCCCAUCAAAGGACGAGUUUAUAUCACCAAUUAUCGCUUGUAUUUAAGAAGCUUGGAAACGGAUUCUGGGGCAUUACUGGACAUUCCUUUGGGUGUCAUUGCAAGGGUUGAAAAAAUGGGAGGAGCUUCAAGCCGAGGAGAGAAUUCCUAUGGACUGGACAUUACUUGUAAAGAUAUGAGAAAUUUGAGAUUUGCUUUGAAGCAGGAAGGUCAUAGCAGAAGAGACAUAUUUGAAAUCCUCACAAAAUAUGCUUUUCCACGGUCACAUGGUUUGCCUUUAUUUGCUUUUUUGAAUGAAGAAAAAUUUCCUGAAAAUGGGUGGAUGGUCUAUAAUCCAAUUGAAGAAUAUAGAAGACAGGGAUUGCCCAAUGGCCAGUGGAGAGUAUCUUUUGUCAAUAAACGCUUUGAAAUGUGUGAAACUUAUCCUUCCAUUCUGGUGGUACCGUAUCAUUCCACAGAUGAUGAUCUCAGGAGAGUUGCAACUUUUAGAUCCCGCAAUAGAAUUCCGGUGCUGUCCUGGAUUCAUCCAGAAAAUAAAAAUGUCAUCAUGCGCUGCAGUCAGCCUCUUGUUGGCAUGGGUGGUAAAAGGAAUAAAGAUGAUGAAAAGUAUCUUGAUAUUAUCAGGGAGGCUAAUGGACAGAUUUCCAAACUUGCGAUCUUUGAUGCAAGACCCAGUGUGAAUGCAGUAGCCAACAAGGCAACAGGGGGAGGAUAUGAAAGUGAUGAUGUCUAUCACAAUGCAGAAAUUUUCUUCCUGGAUAUUCACAAUAUUCAUGUCAUGAGAGAAUCCUUAAGAAAACUGAAGGAUAUAGUUUAUCCUAAUGUAGAAGAAUCUCAUUGGCUAUCAAGUCUGGAGUCAACUCAUUGGCUAGAACAUGUCAAAUUUGUCUUAACAGGAGCUAUUCAAGUUGCAGAUAAAGUGGCCUCUGGGAGAAGCUCGGUAUUGGUGCACUGCAGUGAUGGAUGGGAUAGAACGGCACAGCUCACAUCUCUAGCCAUGUUAAUGUUAGACAGCUACUACCGGACCAUUACGGGAUUUGAAGUAUUGAUACAAAAAGAGUGGAUAAGCUUUGGACACAAAUUUGCAUCGAGAAUAGGUCAUGGGGAGAAAAAUUAUGCUGACACUGACCGCUCUCCCAUUUUUCUGCAAUUCAUGGAUUGUGUAUGGCAGAUGUCUAAACAGUUUCCUACAGCUUUUGAAUUCAAUGAACAAUUCUUGGUUACCAUUCUGGAUAAUCUGUACAGUUGUCGAUUUGGUACCUUCUUAUUCAACAGUGAAUAUGCUCGAGAAAAAGAGAAAGUCAUGAUGAAAACUCUGUCUUUGUGGUCAAUGAUAAACAGCGAUAAAAGAAAGUACACAAACCCUUUUUAUACUAAGGAAUUGAACCGAGCUUUAUACCCAGUUGCCAGCAUGCGCCAUUUGGAGCUCUGGGUGAAUUAUUAUAUCAGAUGGAACACCAGAAUGAGGCAACAGCAGCCAAACCCAGUGGAGCAGCGUUACAUGGAGCUUUUGGCGUUACGGGAUGAAUACGUGAAGAGGCUGGAAGAAAUGAAAAUGACCAAUUCCGCCAAGCUCCCCGGCUCCUCGGCUUCCUCUUCGGCCACCUCCCAAAUGAUGCCCCAUGUCCAAACUCCCUUUUAAAGGGAGAACCCCCGCGCUAGUUUAGAUCUCCCAUCCUAAAAGAGGAAUUUUUGAAUGCUUCUGAUUUGCACAUUUUUCUUAGGGUUUUGUUUUCCUUUUUUCUUUCUUUCUUUGUUUCUUUUUCUUUCUUUCGAGCGCAUCCACAUAGAGCUUGAACUAGCGCAGUCCUAACCUCUUAAACAUGUGCCUUUCAUAGUCUACCAUUGGAGGGAGAUGCAGCGUUCUCGCAGCCAUCGGAAUGCUAGGAAGGGUUUUGAGAAAAAACGUAAUGCAAUUAGUUUUUUAAAAGUGUUUAUAUUAACAUAAUUGUAGUUUACAUCUUAAAUGCUAUGGAUACAAUCUACUUUAUGUAUUUAAACAAAGCUUCAGUGUUUUGAAUUAGAGAUUAAAAAGUUAGAAAUAGAUUUUUUUUCUGAGUUUAUUCUAACAGCUUAUGUUGCUUAACAUUGUCUAAAAUGCAACCAGAUAUAAAAGAUGCUAGUGUUAAUGCCAAUAUAAAACUCAAACUUGCUUAGUGUAGGUCUCCAGAAGUAAGAUGUUUUAAAUAAUGGCCAAAUUCUUUACCAUUGCAAAUGAUGAUGCAUUUAGGAAAAGUCAUUGUAGGUGAGAGUUUUUCCUCAUUCUGGAAAUGAAACUUUGUCUCCGACAUAUUUAAAUUCACCCCAUGGCAAACUUAUGGAAGGAUGGAGAAAAGCGUCGCAUGGUCUGGGCAAGUAUGGAUGUGUCAGGAGCUGCAUUGUUGGGAGGAGAACACCCCCCUCGGUGCAGUUCCAGGUCUGUUUGGGUAUAUUUAAGAGAGGUUUAUUUUUUCCAAGAAAACAUCUUUCUGGUAGGCCUCAGUUAAAUAUGAGAAAACACUUAUAAGCUUUCCAAGCAUUUUUAAAAUGUCUUCUUUUCAAGAAGUUGUCUAAAAUAGGGACUGGUUUUCAAUUUGGAACAAAACCUCAUUAUUGCCUCGUUGUAAAUGUCACCGCUGUGCUGCUCUUGUCAAUAUUUUCUGAAAAUCUGUGCCUGGCCAGAGCAGCCUGCAUAUAGGAACCAAAGUUUUGAUCGAGCAUCUCUCCUGUGGGUUUUUGCUGCAUUGUACAUCUAGGGUGACUCUCCAUGGGUACAUUUUAUGUGAGGAUGUGUGUCCUUCUUGAGAGGAUUGUGAGAAGUUUCAGUUUAAAUGGUUUUUCCAGCAACCACAUAAAACUGAUUCUACAACCUCUUACUUGAAGCAUUUGGCAAUUUUGCUUUUUUUCGGGUAUGCCUUUCAGUGCUAUUAAAUGCAGUUUAAGAAGCACAAACUUUUCUCUUUGCUAUUUGAACUAAUUCAUAUGGUAAACCUAUUUUGGGAAGCAUUUAGGCUAUCCAGAUACAUUCACUAUGUUUUACAGUAAUUUGUAAAAAACUAUUUAUAGCUGAUGUGAUUAUAUUUUCAAGUAGUUAUCUAAGCAAGAAGAAACUUAUCUUUGUAAAUUAUUGUAUAGGCCGUAGCUGUAUGGGUCUACCAAAUAAGCCAUUCGAAGUGCAGUGGUGUAAUAUACACAUAAUGUAAGUCUAGAAACAGCUUUUGACAUGAUCACGCUUUUUUCUUUUUUAAACACUGUAACACUGUAAAUAUCAUGCGUUGCAUUUUAACCACACGUUUUAGUCCCAUAAAAAUUAAGCAUAAUAAGCUUAAUAGGACUUUGGGAUGUGUUAUAAAAACUUUUUCACUGCAAUAAUAAUUGAACACCUGCUAUGAUCAAUGUAUUGUACUAAAAAGAUUGCACUAUAUUUUCAGGGAAGUAACUAUUUGUAUUAUGUUCUAAAUUCCCAGGAUUUCUACCUAUAAUUUCCUCUUUCUAUGUUUUGUAUGCUUUUCAUUGUAUUUCAGUAGCAGUGUUCUAAGGUUCUUCAAAAGCUCUCUAAGUAUUAAUUAACGGGCAUUUAAGUAAGUGCAUUAAUUCAGUGAGCAAGGAGACUCAAAUACAUGUUUUCUGCUUGAGCGACUUCUACAUAUAUAACUUUAUAAUACAGAUUUGAAAGCAUAAUUGCCUUUACUCUGGAUUUUGUUUAUAAAGUUCUGUGAUGGAGAUACAGAGCGAAGCUUCAUGGGGAAAAGAACAGUUGAUUGUGUGAGAGAAAUUAUAUAGCUGAAUAUGAUUGUUUUAUUUAGUCAAUACUUUAUGAGAAUAACCUCAACCAGAGUGAAACUCGUUAAGGCAAGACUUGCAAUUAAUGGUCUUGCAGUUUUGUGACAUUAAGCAGAUCCCCUUAAGACAUCCAGAGGCCAGAUGAGAUUGCAUCCUUUCUUUUGAUGAAGUAAUUCAUUCCAAGACUGCCUGGAAAAACUUGUUCAGUUGGAUCAUGCAUCAGAAAGCAAAAAUGUAAUGGGUUAAGUUUUCAUUUGUCUUUAAAGUGAAAUUGGCUAUCAUUCAAUAAAAGGCUAUGAAAAUCCAA